CAAAGUCAUUUUUUUAUUCUCUUCUUCUUCUUCUUCUGCUUCUCUCUCUACGACCGCGUCCAAGCUAUCCUCCCUCCUAGAUCUGGACGCGGACAAAAUUUCCGUGUUCUUUCUCGCUCUGGGUUUCGCUUGUUUUCUCCGUCCCCAUUGACAUCGUUUACCUCCGAAUCUAAGCAGAGAUCUGUCUAAUCUGUGAUCAUGAUCACCAUAUACUGAAGCGAUCACACGCUUUCCUUUCCUUUCCUUUCUUUUUUGUUUCUUUUGUUAUUCUUUUUCCCUCUCUCGGAUUCUUGGUCUUCGAAUUUCUUGUUUCGCGACGCAAAUAUCCUUCCUUUGCUGGAAAUCGCGACGACCCAGAAGCUCUUUCCUCUGGUUUGGCCUUAAAGCUCGUCGCUUUUUGCUUGCCGAUGGUUGCUGAUACCGGGUCGUGAAUCUUCGGAGGUUGUCGAGGGGGGAGUGUGCUUGUGGAGUUCGAGAUCUGGUCGGCGAUUGAAUGGCUAGGACCAGAUCGUCGUCGACGUCGUGGUCGAGCGGGUGGAGGUACUGCAACCCCUCGUAUUACUUGAAGAGGCCCAAGAGGCUGGCUUUGCUCUUCAUUGCCUUUGUUUGCAUCUCUUUGGUGGUGUGGGAUCGCCAGACUCUUGUCAGUGAACACGAGGUAGAAAUUUCAAAGUUAGAUGAAGAAGUAAAAGAGUUGCGAAAUCUGGUGGAAGAGUAUAAAUCUAAACAUGGAGAUGUGUUUGAGAGACGCAAAGAUGGUGAUUCGUCCAAGAAAUCAGCGCUUCCAGUUGAGCCUAUUGACGAUGAACGAAGGGAGAAAGUGAAAGAGGCUAUGCUCCACGCAUGGAACUCAUAUGAGAAAUAUGCGUGGGGUGACGAUGAGCUUCAGCCACAGACAAGGCAAGGAGUGAACAGUUUUGGUGGCCUUGGCGCAACUCUUGUAGAUUCCCUUGAUACACUGUAUAUUAUGGGACUGAAAGAGGAGUUUCAAAGGGCAAGACAGUGGGUUGCAAAUACGUUGGAUUUUAACAAGGAUUAUGAGGCUAGUGUUUUUGAGACAACCAUAAGGGUUGUAGGCGGACUUCUGAGUGCUUAUGACCUUUCAGAGGAUAAAGUUUUUCUAGAGAAGGCUAGAGAUAUUGCUGAUAGGCUUCUGCCUGCAUGGAAUACACCCUCUGGGAUUCCAUACAAUGUUAUCAACUUGGCACGUGGGAAUGCACAUAACCCUGGAUGGACUGGGGGAAACAGUAUCCUGGCUGAUUCUGGCACAGAACAGGUGGAGUUCAUUGCUCUUUCUCAGAGAACAGGAGAUCCAAAGUAUCAACAGAAGGCGGAGAAUGUCAUAUCUGCUCUUAACCGAAGCUUUCCAGAUGAUGGUUUGCUGCCCAUAUACAUUAAUCCUGAAAGUGGAACAUCUUCUUAUUCAGCAAUAACCUUUGGUGCCAUGGGGGAUAGCUUUUAUGAAUAUUUGCUCAAAGUUUGGGUACAAGGGAAUAAAACUGCAGCUGUAAGGCCUUAUAGGGAAAUGUGGGAAAGAUCAAUGAAAGGUCUUUUGAGCUUGGUUCGGAAAACAACACCAUCAUCGUUUACCUACAUCUGUGAGAAGAACGGGCACUCUUUAACUGACAAGAUGGAUGAACUAGCAUGCUUUGCUCCAGGUAUGCUGGCUUUAGGAUCAUUUGGAUAUGGCCCAGAGGAGUCGCAGAAGUUUCUGUCACUUGCAGAAGAGCUUGCGUGGACGUGCUAUAACUUCUAUCAGUCCACUCCAACAAAAUUAGCGGGCGAAAACUACUUCUUUCAUACUGGGCAGGACAUGAGUGUGGGUACAUCGUGGAACAUACUCAGGCCAGAGACAGUUGAGUCGCUCUUUUACCUCUGGCGCUUGACUGGUAACAAGACCUACAAGGAAUGGGGUUGGAAUAUAUUCCAAGCCUUCGAAAAGAACUCUCGCAUAGAAUCAGGAUACGUGGGGCUCAAAGAUGUUAACAGUGGAGUCAAAGACAACAAGAUGCAAACCUUCUUUCUUGCGGAGACGCUUAAAUAUCUCUACCUCCUAUUCUCCCCCUCUUCGGUCAUCUCCUUGGACGAAUGGGUGUUCAACACGGAAGCGCACCCCAUUAGAAUCGUACCAAGGAAUGAUGCGAUGAAUCUUGCGAAACCGGGCGAGCAACAGAAGCCGACUAUUAGGUUGCGCAACAGGAAGGCGGGCCGAUCACGAGCAGGAGACCACUAAAUUACAUGUCCCAGGCAGGUAGACCGGUCGAGUCUGCCGGUUUCUAAUUUUUGGUUGCCCUAUGGUUUGGGGGUCCCAAUUAGAAGAAGAGAACAUUCGAUGCGGUAGUGAUGAGUCAAACAGCCUCACGGCGGCGAGGAUAGCAUAAUGUAUAGGGUAUAGGCUAUUUCCAGAGUCAUUGUUAUUGAGGGACAGGGUAUCUCCCUAAUUGCUAUACGAGUCUUUGUUUUCUUUGGUGAGAGACUCAUUUGUAGCUCUGGAUGUGAUCCGUAAACUCCCUUUCCCUAGCUCAUCAGACGGUGAAUUUCCUUUCUAUACUUACUUUUGACAGAU